UUGGCGAGAAUGCAGUUCCUUCCUUCAACCCACAAGCUCUAGAUGAGCCACUUCCCUUUCGUGCCUCAUUUAUCACUAGCUCUUUCUUCUUUGCAUUGAUCCCGGUGUGUUUCAUGGAAGGAGUUGAACCAGUCUCCAGUGACAUGAAUAACCAGAAUUCCAAUCCUGAGCAAUCAGAUUCCAGCAAACAACAGAGUGUUUCAUUUUUUAGCCUGUUUGCUGCUGCUGAUAAAAUUGACUAUGUUUUAAUGUUCGUGGGAAGUCUAGGGGCCUGCAUCCAUGGCGCUGCACUCCCUGUAUUCUUUGUUUUAUUUGGUCGUAUGAUUGAUUCUUUGGGUCAUCUGUCUUCAAAUCCUCACAGAUUGGCUUGCAGGAUUUCUGAGCAUGCUUUGAACUUGGUGUAUCUUGGAAUUGUUGUCUUGGCAUCGGCGUGGAUAGGUGUUGCAUUCUGGAUGCAAACUGGGGAGAGGCAGGCAGCUCGCUUGCGUCUUAAGUAUCUUCAAUCAGUUUUGAGAAAGGAUAUGAAAUUUUUCGACACAGAAGCCAGAGAUGCUAACGUAAUUUUUCACAUUUCAAGCGAUGCAAUCCUAGUGCAAGAUGCAAUAGGUGACAAGACAGGCCAUUCAUUGCGCUACCUGUCUCAGUUCUUAGUUGGGUUUGCCGUAGGAUUUGCAUCAGUGUGGCAGCUUACGCUUCUCACAUUGGCUGUGGUUCCAUUGAUAACUGUAGCAGGGGGAGCUUAUACUAUAACUAUGUCUACCUUGUCAGAGAAAGGUGAGGCCGCUUAUGCUGAAGCUGGGAAGAUUGCAGAGGAGGUGAUUUCUCAAGUUCGUACUGUAUACUCAUUCGUGGGAGAGGAUAAAGCAAUAGAAGCAUAUUCACGGUCACUUAAAAACGGCCUCAAACUCGGGAAAAAGAGUGGCCUUGCAAAAGGGGUUGGGGUUGGCUUAACUUAUGGACUGUUAUUUUGUGCUUGGGCAUUGCUUCUCUGGUAUGCCAGCAUACUUGUCAGGCAUGGACACACAAAUGGAGGGAAAGCAUUCACAACAAUUAUCAAUGUCAUCUUCAGUGGGUUCGCUCUCGGUCAGGCUACUCCUAACCUUGCUGCCAUUGCUAAAGGCCAGGCUGCAGCUGCCAAUAUAUUCAGUAUGAUUAAGAUGGAUUCCAACUGUUAUGAAAGUUCAGAUGAUGGAAUUAUGCUGACAAAACUGGCAGGCCAAAUUGAUUUUUGUGAGGUCUCUUUUGCUUAUCCUUCACGACCCAAUCCGGUGUUCCAGAAUUUGAGCUUUUCAAUAAACGCUGGGAAAACCUACGCAUUUGUUGGUCCCAGUGGAUCUGGAAAAAGCACCAUCAUAUCCAUGGUUCAACGUUUAUAUGAACCCACUUCAGGUAAAAUUUUGUUGGAUGGACAUGAUCUUAAGAGUCUCAGGCUGAAAUGGUUGAGGGAACAGAUGGGGCUUGUUAGUCAAGAACCAGCAUUAUUUGCUACAACUAUAGCUAGCAAUAUUAUGCUUGGCAAGGAAAAUGCAGACAUGGGUCAGGUUAUAGAAGCUGCUAGAUCUGCUAAUGCACAUUCUUUUAUCCAAGAAUUACCUGAUGGCUAUUUUACUCAGGUUGGAGAGGGAGGGACUCAGCUUUCUGGAGGGCAAAAACAAAGAAUUGCUAUUGCAAGAGCGGUAUUGAGAAACCCAAAGAUAUUACUGCUAGAUGAGGCCACCAGUGCUCUUGAUGCAGGAUCAGAACUUGUUGUUCAGAAGGCACUAGAAAAAAUUAUGUCAAAUCGCACUACAAUAAUUGUUGCACAUCGCUUGUCCACUAUCCGAGACGUGGAUACAAUUAUGGUCUUGCAGAGUGGUCAAGUUGUUGAGAGUGGUACUCAUAUGGACUUGAUAACCAAGCAAGGCGAGUAUGCAAAUCUUGUGAGCAUGCAAUUAUCAGAAGAUUUUACAAAUCCAGGCUCAAUAUGUUGCUCAGAUUCUUCCAGGCAUUCUAGCUUUCGAGAUCUUCCUCACAGUCAGAAUCAAGAUGAUUUUAAGUCUGCAUCAAGGAGAGAGCUGCAAUCAAACUUUGUUCCCACCUCAUCAAUUUGGGAACUAAUUAAAUUAAAUGCACCAGAAUGGCCCUAUGCAGUGCUUGGGUCAGUUGGUGCAAUCCUGGCAGGCAUGGAAGCUCCUCUCUUUGCCCUUGGAAUCACACAAAUCCUGACUGCAUUUUACUCUCCUGAUCACUCUCAAAUCAAACGAGAAGUUGAGCGUGUGGCCCUUAUUUUUGUUGGAGUGGCAAUCAUUACGAUUCCUAUUUAUCUGUUACAACAUUACUUUUACACAUUGAUGGGAGAACUUCUCACAACUCGUGUUCGCUUAUCAAUGUUCUCAGCUAUCCUUUCCAGUGAGGUUGGCUGGUUUGAUUUGGAUGAGAAUAGUACAGGCUCAUUGACAUCAAGUCUAGCUGCAGAUGCAACUUUAGUGCGAAGUGCUCUUGCUGACCGCCUAUCAACAAUUGUGCAAAAUGUGGCUCUCACAGUGACUGCAUUCGUUAUUGCCUUUACAUUAAGUUGGCGCAUAGCAGCUGUUGUCAUUGCUUCCUUGCCUCUGCUUAUUGGAGCUUCCAUAACCGAGCAACUAUUUCUAAAGGGCUUUGGGGGAGAUUAUAACAAGGCCUACUCGAGAGCAACUUCAGUGGCACGUGAAGCGAUUGCCAAUAUACGUACUGUUGCUGCAUAUGGCAUUGAAGAGCGGAUCUCAAUGCAGUUUUCCUCUGAACUCAACCUACCCAACAAACAAGCUCUUUUACGAGGCCAUAUAUCAGGUUUUGGCUAUGGAGUAUCACAGUUCUUUGCAUUCUGUUCCUAUGCACUUGGCCUUUGGUAUGCAUCAGUUCUUAUCAAGCAAAAAGUUUCCGACUUUGGGGAUAUCAUGAAUUCCUUCAUGGUUCUUAUAAUCACAGCAUUGGCAAUAGCUGAAACUCUUGCUCUUACACCAGACAUAGUAAAGGGAACUCAAGCACUUGGAUCAGUUUUCCGCAUUCUCUACAGAAAAACAGCCAUACAACCAAAUGAUCCUUCAUCGAAGAUGGUAAUUGACAUCAAAGGAAAUGUGGAAUUCAGAAAUGUGUGUUUCAGGUACCCUGUGAGGCCUGAUAUCACAAUUUUUGAGGAUCUACGUCUAAGAGUUUCGGCUGGCAAGAGUCUUGCUGUAGUAGGCCAAAGUGGGUCUGGGAAGAGUACUGUGAUUGCUCUUGUCAUGAGAUUUUAUGACCCCAUAUCAGGGUCAGUUCUGAUAGAUGGGUGUGAUAUCAAAACCUUAAACCUGAGAUCUUUAAGAAAAAGAAUAGGAUUAGUUCAGCAAGAACCAGCAUUGUUCUCAUCAACAAUUUAUGAAAACAUCAAGUAUGGAAACCAGGAGGCAUCAGAAAUUGAAAUAAUGAAAGCAAGCAAAGCAGCCAAUGCUCAUGGAUUCAUCAGUAGAAUGCCUCAAGGAUAUCAAACUCAUGUUGGUGAUAGAGGGGUGCAAUUGUCAGGAGGACAAAAACAAAGAGUGGCUAUUGCAAGAGCAAUAUUGAAAGAUCCUUCUAUUCUUCUUCUUGAUGAAGCCACAAGUGCAUUGGACACAGAAUCUGAGAAGCUGGUUCAAGAGGCACUUGAUAAACUCAUGGAAGGGCGAACAACAAUUAUGGUAGCACACAGGUUGUCCACCAUACGUGAUGCUGAUAGAAUUGCAGUGCUGCAACAGGGGAAAGUUGUUGAAAUUGGAAGCCAUGAACAGCUUAUCAGAAAAACCAAUGGUAUUUUCAAGCAAUUAGUCAAAUUACAACAGGAAAACAGCAAAUAGCAAGUCGAGUAAUUGUGAGAAUUCAACAAUAAGGCUUUUAAAGCACAAUUACUAUACAUUUCUGUAAGCACAUAAGAGUUUGUUUUUGAGUUUAUUAAUGCAUAGUAGAGCUAUAAUAUGGCCAUGGAUACUUUCCAGUUUCCACUA